AUGGAAUCCUCAUCUGCUCCUCAGACUGCAUCUAGCGAUACAGCGCCGAUCCCCACCGACGCUGCUAAACAACCUCGCACACCUCCCAAAGCUUCAGCUGUACUACCGCCUCAAUUUGGGUCUACGCCUCCGAAGCCGACACUAAACGCACAACAAGGCAACGCUAUUGUGGGAAUAAAGAGACGUAAGCUUCGUGACCGUUUUUACACCCCACUAGACAUAGACAUGUCCGGAAACUGGGUGGAGAUCCCGGUAGACAAGUUCUCGGACUUUCUGCCUGGAGAUGAACCGACAGACACAGUUCUCGCAACAUUCAACGAAGAGACUUUUGACGAGAGCAAAUUUACAACAACUAAUGAAGAGGAUAUGUAUACUCCAUAUUGUAGCACAGCCGAGAAGAUCCUUGCGUUGGGCCCGGAAGACAGAAGACUUGUUGCGAGAGACACAGGAAGAUACACGGAUACACGCGGUAGCCCCAACGAGAAAAUGCGACCGGACGUUAUACUCUAUCCUGCCACGAAGAAAGCCGAGGACGCGUACUCGCUGAAGGAGAAUGAGCUGGCCAAGGCGGCCGACAUGACGCCGGAACAGAAGAUGUAUGUCGCAAGGCCGUCCUGGGCUUGGGCGGACCUAGUCAUGGAAUUCAAGACCGAGAACGGCGACCAUCCAUUCCACUUCGCAGCGUCUGGAGAGGAAUUCCUGUUGGACACUGAAGCGGCAAUGGUGAGAAGAGGCCAGAUCGCCAACUACGCCGCCGCCGUGUUGCGCAAUCAACACCGCCAAUUCUGCUUCAUGGUUGUCGCUGCUGGGUGUCGUGCUCGCCUUCUGAGGUGGGACAGAAGCGGUGCCGUUGUCUCAAAGUCUUUUGAUUUCGUUCGCGAGAACAAAGACAUCAUGUUCCGCUUCCUAUACAAGUACAGCUGCAUGAGCCAAGAGGAGAGAGGCUACGAUCCAACCUUCGUCGAGGCUACACCCGCGGAUGUCGACGCGAUGAAGGCCUGGAAGGCUGAGGUCAUGAAAGACAAGAAGGCGAGACUAUCAGACUAUCAGUCGCAAUGUUUCGACCGCGAGCUGGCUGAGAGCUGGCCAGUCUACCGGGUUACCAUUCCAAAGGAAGAUCUUAUCUCGGACAUCUCGCUGACCCCAGGCAACAAACAAGAUCAAGGACGCUCCGAGCCGUCUGCCAGUGGUGAACAUAUAUGUGAUGAUGACCUUGUUCUUCUAGUUGGGAAGCCGAACAAGAAUAGCAGCUCUCCUGUUGGACGGGGAAUGCAGGGAUACGUAGCCUAUGACGUCCGGAAGCGGCGGCUGGUGUACCUGAAAGACAGCUGGCGACCUGAUUUGGAGGAUGCGCAUCCGGAGCACAAGACGUACAUUCAUUUGUGGCAACAUAAUGUCAAGAACAUCGCGAAGCUCUUGAGCGGAGGCGACGUGCGCAUUGGAAACAGGAUUCAGCGCACGUUGGCGCAGGACUGUGUCCGGGAGGUGACCAAGGUCAAGCACCUCGGUCGUGUGCACUAUCGCAUUGUCUUCUCCGAAGUCUAUCGUCCGCUCGAGACGUACGGACAUUCCCUCGACAUGGUUGAAGUGAUUUGCGAUGCUUUGAAAGCACACAGGGAUGCGUGGGAGAAGGCGGACGUUCUGCAUCGCGACAUCAGUGAUGGUAAUGUCAUGAUCCAGGAUACAUUUGAUGAGAAUGGUUGUCUUCAAAUCGGGGGGAUAUUGAACGACUGGGAUCUAGCAAAGUUCAAAAGUGAGCUAGAGAACCCUCCAAGCCGGAGACAACGUUCGGGAACCUGGCAGUUUAUGUCCGCAUUCAUUUUGAGCUUUCCGGAACAGAAAAAACACACGGUCUCAGACGACUUAGAAUCCUUCGUUCACUUGACCAAUUGGCUUGUACUGAAAUGGCACCUCCACCACUUUUCCCCACAUCCUGCCUUACUCAAAAGACACGUCACGAACACCUACGACGCAUUUGCGGAGAACGCCGAAGGUCUCGAUCUCGGCGGCGAACAGAAGCAUGGAUACUUGAGCACAGGGGAAAUUCCGUUUGCGCCAGUUCAGAAAAGCCCACCUUUAGAACAUCUCACUAAAGCACUCGCCGAGACAUGCCAUGCCCAUUACGAUGCGCACAAAGAAGAAUGGCAGCGUCUUUUGGACAUCCAGCGUCGCGAAAAUGCCAAACGCGCGUCGAAAUCGAAACCGAUGGAGAAGCCUGUAAUCCAUCGCUCCGUGAAAGCUGAGUAUCUCCAGAGAUCGUCUGGCAGCACGUCAGUGGUCCAUAAUCUCCAGCGAUCUCAGGAGCUAUCUUUAAUUGCAUCGUUUGGGCCCUUGGAUGACCACAAUGCCUUGAUCUCAAUCUACUCGGACGUCAUUCUUACUUUCGCCUAUCUCCUUCAAGACGGCAAUGAGACAGAUAAAUUGCAACAGAGUCAGUUCAAGGACAUCCUCGACACCGGCUCGAGAUCUCAAAAUCGCUCAAAGCGCCCAUCUCAGAGCUCAGAAGAGGGCCAGCCACGAUCCAAGAAGCCCAAGCGGUCUCCGCAAGAGGCGACUGGCGAGGGGUCUUCCCUUCAAACGAUCGUGGAGGAUCAUGACGAGCUGACAGUGCCAGCGGCCGGUGGAUUCGAACAGGUUUUGCCUGUCGAUGAGCACACGUCUUCCACGCUUCCGCAAUUGGCCGCCGAAAAGGACGGCACCACGACUGAGUGA